AUGGAGCUCACGUCUCUCUGUAUCCAGCUGUGUGAGUGGGAUUCUGACACUAAAGUCCACAACGUGAAUGAUCAGAGAGUUGAUGCAGCUUUUCCUCACGUUGAUCCGAAACGACAGCAGUUCUUUCAGUACGAGUCGGUAAAUAUCAGCUGUGAGGAGAUGGAAGGACUGACCGAGUGGAGAGUGACGAGGAGGCUGAAGGAAUCAAACGCUGCUUCCGUCGUCGUCAAGACGUCGACAAGAUCCCGCACAAUCAAAGCUGUGCGUGAAUCUGACAGCGGAGAAUACUGGUGCGAAGGUGAAGACGGAGAGAGAAGUAAUGCAGUGAACUUCACUGUUGCUGGUGGAGGACUGAUCCUAGAUCUUCCUCUUCUUCCUGUGAUGGAGGGCGACGAUGUGACUCUGCGCUGCCUCACGGUGGAACCUUCAAACCGAAUCGCGGAGUUCCACAAGGACAACGUCCGUAUCGAGACGGGAUACAAAGGAGUGAUGACCAUCUAUGAUGCGUCCAAGUCGGAUGAAGGACUCUACAAGUGCAGCAUCUCCAGAGUCGGAGAAUCACCAGAGAGCUGGCUGACUGUCCGAGCUGUGCACAAAGACAACGAUCCGUCCUCCAGUCCAUCCGUCUCUCAUCUGGUCCUGCUGUGGACUUUGACCAUUGUUUUACUGGGUUCUCUGCUUCUGUUGGGACUUCUCUAUAAGUCGUCAAGCAACAAUCUGCUUUUCAUCAGAGACGUCAACAGCUGGUUCAGACUUGGCCAUGAACCCAACAG